AUGAGAUAGAAUAACAGCUAUUUUUUGUUAAUAUUAAGUGGAAUUCUCUAUUAAAGUAAACAGAAAAAUAUUUUUAGCAAUCUGUUGUCCAAGUUCAUGUUAAUAAUGCAAUGGUAGCAGCUCAAAUUGUAAUAUUUGUAAUCCAGGUUUCUUUAAAAUUGGAAAUGAUUGUUAUGCAUGUACUAAACCAUGCGCAACCUGUUCAACAAGUGUUACAACCUGCUCUUCUUGUGUUGAUUCUGCAAAUUAAGUAACUCCUAGUUGUGCAUGCAAUAGUGGGCUCAUAAUGAAUGCAUCAACAUUUUUUUGCGAAGGAUGCCCAAGUAAUUGUAGUGUGUGUAGUACUACAACUAUAUGUACUUAAUGUAAUGAUGGCUAUUGGUUAAAUGUUAACUCAUGUAGUCCAUGCAUAAAACCAUGUGUAAAUUGUUCAUCGAAUGGAAAUAAUUGUAGUAGUUGUGUUGAUACUGCGAAACAAACACUGUCUCUUUGUAAUUGUCAAUCAGGUUAUAUAAUGGAUACUACAAGUUACUUAUGCAUUUAAUGUGUAUUUCCAUGUGCUACAUGUUAAACAACAGUAAAUUAUUGUUUAACAUGUGCUGCAACAUAUACUAUAGAUUCGAGCACUCAUACAUGUUCAUGCUUAACUAAUUAAUAUGAAGUAAAUGCUACAACAAAAUCAUGUCAAAAUUGUACAAGUCCAUGUGCAACUUGUACAUUAUCUGCAACUAAUUGUGGUUCAUGUGUAACUGGAUUAAAUAGAAAUCUAUAAACUAAUUAAUGUGUUUGUGAUGAUGGAUAUUAUGAAAAUACUACUUGUUAACCAUGUUAAGAACCAUGCAUUUAUUGUACUUCAUUAUCAGUAUGUACAUCAUGUAAAGAUCCGACUUAUUAAUCAGGAUCAUCAUGUGUUUGUUAACCAACCUAUUUUAUGAAUGCCUCUUUUAUGUGUUAAAGUUGUGUUGCGCCUUGCUAAAAUUGUACUUCAGAAACUCUAUGCACAUCAUGUGUAUAAAAUUAUUACAUUUCUGGAAAUACUUGUUUAUAAUGUACUGCACCAUGUUACAAUUGUGUAGAUCUACCUACAAAAUGUACAUCAUGUGUUGAUUCAAAUAUAACACCAAUCAAUAAUGUAUGUAGUAGUGGUGGUUGUUCUGAUGGAUAAUUUAUGGAUGCAUCAUUAAAUUGUCAACCUUGUAUUCACCCUUGUCUUAAGUGUUAAACAAAUGGUAAUCAUUGUUUAGAAUGUGCAACUACAUUUGAAAUGAGUACUUCUACUCCAAAUACAUGUGUUUGUCCUGCACACAAAUAUCUAGUAGUAACUAAUAAUCCUACUGAUUGUCAGUCUUGUACUUAACCAUGUGAUACAUGUUCAGGAACAGCAGAUCAUUGUUUAACAUGUAUAGAUAAUAUUAAUUAAACUGUUGAUGCAUCUAAUGAAUGUAAAUGCAAUCCUGGUUUUAUAAUGAAUGGAAUAAAUUGUGAUGCUUGUCUAAAUCCUUGUCUCUAAUGUUAAGGAACUACAAAUUACUGCACUGAAUGUAAAGAUAGUGAACAUUAUAUAUCUAAUGGAUAAUGCAUUUGUAAUCCUGGUUUCAUAAAUGAUAAUAACUAUGAUUGUAUACCUUGUUAAACUCCUUGUUCUACUUGUUCAGUAAAUGAUACUCAUUGUGAUAGUUGCAAAGAUCCUAAUCAUUAAAUUAAUGCAUCUUUUCAAUGCAUUUGUAAAGACACUUACUAUUCAAAUACUAUUGAUACAUGUGCAUCAUGUGUAUAACCAUGUGCAUUAUGUGACAUCAAUGGAUGUUUAUCAUGUAUUGAUACUAAUUAAAUAAUAAAUUCUUCUAAGAAUUGUGUUUGUAAACCAGGUUAUUAUUAAGUAGGCUUAAAUUGUUCAUAAUGUGUAACUCCAUGUUAAACUUGUGAAAUCAAUUAGGAUCAUUGUUUAACAUGCACUGAUAUUCAUUAAACUCAAAUCAAUAACUAAUGUAUAUGCAAUGAUGGAUAUUUUGAUGUCAAUCAUAUUUGCUAACAAUGCUAAUCUCCUUGUACAAAAUGUCAAUUUUCUAAUGAUCAUUGUCUUUAAUGUUUAGAUCCAAAUCAUGAUUUAAUCAAUAAUAAAUGUGUUUGUAAAUUUGGAUUUGGAUAAUCAGGAACUGAUGGAACAACUUGCUCUCUUUGUUAAUACCCCUGUCUUGAUUGUUCAACAAGUGUGAAUACAUGUGUAUCUUGCAUUGAUACUAUUAUAUUCCAUCUUGAUAAUGAGAAAUGUUUAUGUUAAUAAGGUUAUUUUCUAACUGGAUCUAAUUGCAUAUAGUGUUCACCACAAUGUUCCUCCUGCAUUGAUUAAUCAAAUAAAUGUUUAGGAUGUUCUGAUCCUAAUUAAGUGUUGAAUCAAAAUGAUUGUUUAUGUCAACCAGGUUAUUUUAAAAAUAAUUCUAUGAAUUGUGAACUAUGUUAACUUCCUUGUUUAACUUGUGUAUCUAAUGAAGAUUAUUGUACAUCUUGUUAUGAUUAAGAAAAGUAAUAAGUAAUUGGAGGAUAAUGUGUAUGUAUAGAUGGAUAUUAUAUACUGGAUAAUAAAUGUGAAAAAUGUAAUUAGAUCUGUAACAAAUGUAGUUCAUAUAAUGAUUGUAGUGAAUGUAUAGAUGGGUAUUAUUUAUAAAAUUAAUAAUGUUUAAAAUGUUAAACCCCUUGUUUAUCAUGUUUUGAUGCAUAUAAUUGUUAAACCUGUAUUGAUAAUUACACUAUGAAUAAUCUUGGAAUAUGUAUUUAAUGCAUCUAAAAUUGCAAAAAUUGCAUAGAUUCAAUUAGUUGUAUAAGUUGCUUUGAUAAAUUUUAUUAUGAAAAUUAAUCUUGUAUUCCUUGUUCUAAUAAAUGUUAAACAUGUGAAAAUGAUUCAAAUUUUUGUACUUCUUGCAACAAUACUAUUUAAAUAUUAAUAGAUAAUUAAUGUUAUUGUUAAGAUGGUUAUUUUGAAGAUGGUUAAGAUUGUAAACCUUGUGAUCAAAUGUGUAAAAGAUGUUAAAAUUUAUAACAUUGUACUGAAUGUAUUUAAUCAGAUCAUGUUAUUUUAUAAAUGAACGUAUGUGUUUGUUAAGAUAGUUAUUAUUUAGAUAAUAAAUCAUGUUAAUUGUGCGAUAAAAAAUGUAAAACUUGUACUUAAAAGUCUGAUAAUUGUUUAAGUUGUAAUUCUUAAAUGAAUAGAUUAAAAUAGUAAAACACUUGUAUUUGUUAAGAUGGUUAUUUUGAAAAUGAUAAUUAUGAUUGUUGGCCAUGUGAUUCAGAUGAAGGAAAAAUCAAUAAGAAUUGUAGAUAUAAAAAUUGUAAUGAUAAAGUAUGGACAUAUGAAGAAGAAUGCGAUGAUGGUAAUGAUGAUUCUAGAGAUGGUUGUACUAAUUGUAAGAUAGAUGAGUAAUAUUCAUGUAUAAAUAUUCUCCUUUAACCGUCAUUUUGUUUCAAAUGUAGUGAAAAUUGUUAAAAAUGUUAAAUGAUUGAAUCUAAAAACUUAUCUGCAUGUAUUAAAUGUCAUCAAGGUUAUUUUUUACUUUAAGAUAAAUGUAUCUAAUGUUCUGAAAAAUGUUUAGAUUGUAAAAUUAGUGCUUCCAAUUGCAUAAGUUGUAAAUACUAAUAAAAUUAAUAAGGAGAAUGUUAAUUAUGCCAAAGUGGAUAUUAUUUUGAUUAAAUUAAUAAUAAAUGUAAUUCUAAAUGUGGAGAUUCUUUUAAAACAAUAGAAGAAGAAUGUGACGAUGGUAACUUAUUACCAGGAGAUGGAUGCAAUGAAAAAUGUAAAAAAGAAAAGAAAUUUAUAUGUAAAGAUGGAAUAUGUAUUAUUCCAGAAUAUCCUGUUCCAAUUUUGUUGAGUUAUGGUGAUACUUAAUUGUAUAAUAAAGUUAGAAGAUUUAAAUUAGAUUAUAAUUUAUUUCUAAAUAUCUCUUAAGAAAGUUAGGUGGAGAAAAUGAUUAAAUUAUUUAUAAAGAAUUAGAUGAAUCUAUAUCCUAUUGAUUGUCCAUAUGAAAUGUAAGCAAAUUAUACUUUAAAUAAUGAAUCUAAAAUGAGUUUAUCAAUAGAUUUUUAAAUAUUUUUUAAUCGUAGUACAACAAAAGAAGAGCUAUUAAUCCAAUAUUUAAAUCCUUCAGAUUUUAUAUCAUAUUAGGGAUACUCAUAGGUAUUAUCUGAAGUAUCAACAACCAUUCCAGAAUAUAUAUUUAUUGACUAAACAUAAGCAACCUAAGUUGAGAUGGCUGCAUCUAGCAAUUAGAUAUUAUUGUAUAUUAUGGCUGUUAUGGCUGGAGGAGCAAUUUUAUUUGGUGGAUUAGACAUUUUUUAUAAUCUAUUAGAUACAAUAUAAAUGUUAUCAUACUUAAAGUACAUUAAUACUUAAUUUCCUUUUAAUUUAUAAUCAUUUUUUGAAUUUUUUAGUUUUGCCUAACUAAGCUUUUUCUCCAAAUAUUUGAAUCUUUAAGAAUUGAUCGAUCCAUAUAUAAAUUAUGAUGAUCUUUAUUAAAUACCUGAAAAAAUUUAAAUUGACGGUCUAAAUUCCCUAUUUAUCAUAAAUGGAACCUCAAUCAUUUUUGUAUGGAUAACACUACUUGCAGUAUAUACAUUCUCUAAAUAUCUACCACAUUUAUUACAUCAAAUUAAAUUAAAAUAUUAUAAUGAAAUACCUGGAGAUUUUGAUUUUGCCUUAAAAUGUAAGUUUUGGAUAUUGGCUCUAAAAAUAUUUAUAGUUUAAUUAUGUUUAACUGUUGUAUAGGAAUUCUUCUAUAGUGGUAUUUUAAGAACAUUUUUUGCAACAGCUUAUGAUUACUCAUUUUCAAUGACCCUUUAACUUUAUGCCUUAGAGUUAAAUUCAAAAAAUUUGCUCGUAAGCUUCAGUUCUUAUCUAGCCUUAUUAGCAUUGGGAAUCUAUUUAUUCACAAUUUUUAUAAUUAUUAGAAAAUGUGGAAGCUAAAAAUUUUCACUUGAAGAAUAUUAAAAUAAGCUUAAAUUCAUUUCACUUUUUGAAGGAAUAAAAAAUGACUAUUACAGUAAAUAUUUUUAUGCCAUAAGUCUAGCUAAAAAGCUUAUAUUCAUGCUUAUUCUAAUAUUUUGUUAUAAAUAGCCUUAUUUUUAAGUGAUCAAUUUAAUUCUCUUGUCUAUCUUAGAGAUAAUAUGGUUACUUUUAUUUAAACCCUUGGAGGACAUAAAUGAAUUUUUAAAAUAAAUUUCAUGUGAAAUUAAUAAAUCUAUUGCCCUAUUUUUUAUUUCAGGGUUAGUUUUAGAUUAAGAAGUAAAAUUAUUUAAUGAAAAUAUUCGUUCUACGAUUGGAUGGAUUUGUGUAGGAAACAUCAGUUUAAUUUUGAUUAUUUAAUUAAUAAUCGAUGCUAUUUAGUAAUGGAUAUUCUUGAUCAAAAAAUAUAAAUAAUUUAGAAGGCUUGUAGAGAAAUUUUAUCGAUUUUUGCGUCCUCAACAGUAAAGAGCUCCCCAUUCAGUAUUUAUAUUUGCAAAGUGA